GCGUCGGACGGUCGCGACUCGCGCCAACUGGGUUACUCCACAAUGAAAGUGUAGCGGUUAACUUUUGUUUUUAAUUUUAUCAGUGACCUAGGACCUCUUUGUUGAAAAAAAAAACAAAUACACGUGAAUGCUCAUAUAAAUAAUUAAUUAUCAUUUAUAAUGGAUGUCAAAGAGGAACUCAACAAGAAGAAAAAUGAUGAUAGUGAUGCGUUCGAAACUGUGCUCAUGCACGUCGGCGAGUUGGGCCGCUACCAGAAACUGCUGUUCCUCGGAAUGGCACCGUUCGGUAUAUUUUUCGCGUUCGUCUACUUCGUUCAAAUGUUCAUCACAGCUACACCACAGCGGCACUGGUGUAAAGUCCCGGAAUUAGAGCACUUGGACAUUGAUUUAAGACGUAAUCUCACAGCACCAGUAACGGGUAUUGAGUUGGAGCGAUGUUUGAUGUACGAUGCAAAUUGGAGUCAAGUGCUGCUGAACUAUAGCGUGCCGCCGGAUACGCCCACCGUGCCCUGCAGGAACGGCUGGGAGUUCGAGCUGAAGGACAUCCCCUAUCCGACUAUAGUUAGUGAGCGAGGUUGGGUUUGCGAGAAUGCGGGUUAUGGUCCUCUCGCGCAGACGAUAUUUUUCGUCGGCUCGUUCAUCGGUGGAAUUUUCUUCGGUUGGAUGGCAGACCGCUUCGGCCGUGUGCCCGCUUUGGUAGGUACAAAUCUGAUGGCAUUCGUCGGUGGUAUAGGCAGCAUCUACACGACGGGUCUAUGGGACUUUUCGUUCUGUAGAUUCAUAGUAGGCACUUCUUACGACAGCUGUUUUAUGACCAUGUACAUUUUAGUGCUGGAGUACGUAGGGCCGCGGUACCGCACGAUGGUCGCAAACAUGUCCAUAGCACUCUACUUCGGCUCCGGCUGCCUCAUGCUGCCGUGGCUGGCGCUGUGGGUGGGCGACUGGAAACGACUGCUGUGGGUCACUACUUUGCCCUUCCUACUGGUGCUCAUCGUGCCCUUCACAGUACCUGAAAGCGCUAGGUGGCUUUCAUCUCGCGGACGCGUCAACGACGCCGUGAAGGUUAUGAGACGGUUUGAAAAAAUAAACGGGAAAAAAAUUCCAGAGGACGUUAUGGAUGAUUUUGUCGUCUCCGCGAGUCAAACGAGACAGACAAACGAGUCGAUCAAAGACUUAUUCAUGAGUGGUCCUCUUCGGAGGGUGAUUAUCCUCAUGGUGCUGGUGUACAUGGCGUGUGCGAUCAUCUUUGACGCUCUCGUUCGCAUGUCUGAGGGUCUCGGCCUCGACUUCUUUAUCACAUUCACCCUAACAUCGGCGACUGAGAUACCCUCAGUGACCCUGCUGGCAUUAAUAUUAGACAGAUGGGGUCGAAGAAUACUCACGUGCGGACCGUUGGCCGUGUCCGGAAUACUCAUUCUAAUUAUGACAUUAGUGCCUAAAGGGGUCCCGCAGGUGACGCUGGCGAUCCUGGCGCGCUUCGCCAUCAACAUGUCGUACAACGCGGCGAUCCAGUGGUCGGCCGAGCUGCUGCCCACGCCCGUGCGCGCGUCGGGCUCGGCGCUCAUACACGUCAGCGGCUACGUCGCCACGCUCGUCUCGCCCUUCGUCGUCUUCUCGGAGCGACUAUGGCGGCAACUCCCCAUACUCAUUUUAGGUAUAACAGCUUUACUCGCGUGCAGUGUGGGCGUGUUGUUACCGGAGACAAACGGACAGCAGAUGCCACAGACUAUAGAGGAGGGCGAGAGGAUCGUAAACAGUUAUACUUUAUGCGGGAAAACAGAAGUUGUAGAAGAGAUCCAAGUUGAAAAUGAAAAAGAAAAAGCACUGAUCACUUAGCGGCGUCGGUUUUAGGGGAAGAAUCUGCCGCCAGUUGCCAUGGAAUGGCAAUGCUAAACUAAUG